CUAAAUGUGUACCUUUAUCAACAACAACGUGCCGUCGCUCGGCUGAAAAUGGAAUGAAGAUAAGAUAAGGUUGUCCACAAUUGAAAUACGCCAGUUUUUAAAUAGAAGAAUUUGGAUUCGCACAAAAAUGAUUAAAUUGAUAUUAUUUACCGUUGGGAUAUGCAUCGUUGGAGCAAUUACCGACCCCACUCAACUGUGUAAUGAGCUGAUGACACUGGAUUGCAAGGUGACCUAUAUUAAAGGAGAGAAAGACGAGACUGUGUGUGGAACAAACGGACUAACAUACGAUAAUUUCUGUUACUACGGGCAGGCGAGAUGUAACGAUAAAACGAUAACUGUAGCAUUUGUGGGGUCCUGUUCUGCUCCUCUUGCUUCAACAAUGCCGCCUGCAACUGCUUCCUCUGCAGCAACUGCUGGUCCGGUUGUUGCAAGUACGAUGCCUGUAGUAGUGACGACCGGUACCACCAUCCCGACAACAACAACAGCGGAUCCAAUCCUCGAAGCUUUCUGUGGUAACAAGAACAACAUUGUUUGUGGCACGGACUUGUCACCUAUCUGCGGAUCUGACAAACAAUUCUACCUGAACAAGUGCGAAUAUUCAAAGGCAUAUUGUGACGAUAAGUCUUUGACCUCAAAGCCCAUUGAGUUUUGCACUGGCGGAGCUGGUAGAAGAUAGAAAAGAACUAAUUUCGGCAUAUUCUGUUUUUAGUUUACCAGUUAGUUUUUUAUCAGUUAAUUCUUUUGAAAUAAACAUCACUUUACUGGGA